AUGGGUAUUAUGGUAAAUUUAAAUCAAUUUAUGAAGCAAGCGCAAUCAAUGCAAAAGAAAAUGCAAGAAGCUCAGGAGCAAUUGGCUAAUACCGAAUACCAGGGUAAAGCUGGCGGAGGAUUAGUAAUUAUUACUAUUAAUGGUCGAUCUGAAGCUAAAAAAAUCUCCAUCGAUCAUUCUUUGUUUAAAGAAGAUGAUAAAGAUUUAUUAGAAGACCUCAUUGUAGCAGCCUUUAAUGAUGCUAAAAAUAAAGUUGAUCAAGAUUCGCAAAAUUCUAUAUCUGAUGCUUUUGGUAACAUUAGUUUACCACCUGGAUUAAAAUUACCAUUUUAA